CAGACACUAAGUUUCAGAGAAGUUUGCAGCAGCUAGCUAGCCAGCUACUCAUCAAGAAUAAGCUCGAGAUGGGUAGUGGCGGCGGCAGCGGCGCUAAGGCCUACGCGGCCGUGGUUCUGAUCAGGCUCAUGUACUCCGGCAUGCACGUCGUGAGCAAGGUCGCCCUGGACCAUGGCAUGAACCCGCUGGUGUUCCUGUUCUAUCGCCAUACCACUGCUGCACUCGUCUUGAUCCCUGCUGCAUUUGUUCUUGAGAGGCGAAAAGCUAAACCGGUGACGUUCAAAAUUGCAGGGAAAAUGUUUAUACAUGCCUUAUAUGGGGUGACAGCUUGUGGCGACUUGUUUAACCUUGGUCUCAAUUAUGCUUCCGCAACGUCAUCGUCAGCGUUGUACAACGUUCAACCAGUGGUUACCUUUAUCCUUGCCGUUGUAUUUGGGAUGGAGUCCAUGAAACUUAAGAAGUUCCAUGGCAAUGUAAAGGCGGCAGGUAUUCUGUUCUGCAUCGCCGGUGUCACCGUGCUGGCCUUCUACGAGGGGCCAAUGUACAAAUCAUUCAACCGUCACCACUUUUUUCAGCAAGGCAGCAGCAGUUCUUCUGCAGGAGAUGCCCACUCCAAGAAGCAAUGGGUUCUUGGAAUUUUCCUCAUGACACUAUCUAACAUUUUAGCAGGCUUAUGGACGGUUCUUCAGGGACCACUGAUAGAAGAUACUUCCAAGCUGAUGAACACCACGCUGCAAAUCUGCUGCGCAUCAGUCCAGGCUUUCGUUGUGGCUGUUGCAGUCGAGAGAGACUUCUCCAAAUGGAAGCUGGGAUGGAAUGUUGAGCUUGGUGCAGUCAUCUACAGUGGCGUGGUCGUCACUGCACUGUCAUACUACAUGCAAAUGUGGACGAUUGCGAAGAGGGGCCCGGUGUUCCUUGCGAUGUCAAUGCCACUUACUUUCAUAUUCACAAUUAUCAUGUCCUCAUUCAUUUUAGGGGAUGCAGUUAGCCUAGGAAGUAUUUUUGCUGGGAUACUACUGAUCGGAGGACUGUACAACGUUCUGUGGGGGAAAAGCAUAGAGGAAAAGGACGAGAUGAACAAGAUCGGCGCAGGCAAAACUGCUCUGGAGCUGCACGACAGCGAGGCCCAGGUGCCUGCUGAAUCUGCUGACACUGAUGCAGCAAAGGUCUAGGCCCGCCGGCCGACCAAACGAUGUGACACAAAAAGAUCGAUCGGUUGCGUCAGACCGAAAUCUACUGAAUGCCUCCAGUUUGUCGAGUCCGUCCGGCCGCCGGCGACGUGUGCAGCAGAUCGAUCGAUCUACUCACCGGCUGACCGGCCGGCGAGCGAACUUGUGGCUGCAAUUUAUUCAGGAUCGAUGUAGCAUGCCAUGGUGCUCUGCUCUGCUUUAAUUUAAUCCCGGGCACCAUGUUUUCCUUUCCAGCAGUGUGCAUUGUGCUUUGAUUAGCUGAAUAAAUUAAAGCUCAAGUUGCCUCUCA